AUGAAAACUAGAAACUUCAAGACACCACUGGCUUGCUACUGGAGAACUUUCUCUAGACUGUGUUUUCUUCUAGCACUCCUCACUAUAUUGAUUGUCAUUAUUUGGAAACAGAGCCAAGAGCAAUGUAAAUGUCCAGAAACAGAAGAAUCUGGAUUUCAGGAUGCAGGAAAAAAGGAGAUCAUCAGUCUGGAAAAUAUAUGGAAGAUGCCACAAAAUCCAAAUUUUACUGUAAUGGAAAAUGCGAUGGGUCCCUUACCUAUUCCAUACAAAUAUCUCUUGGGAUAUCCUCCAGCCAAAAAGAAAUUCUUGACCAUUGGAAUCUCUGCUGUCCACAGAGAGAGAGAACAUUAUUUGCUGAGGACCCUUGAGUCUAUUUACAACCACUGCAAGCCAGAAGAAUUAAACUUGAUAAUGGUUGUUAUAUACCUAGCCAAUAAUGAUUCUAAAUUAAAUGAGCAAAGUGCCAAGGAAAUUAAGGCUCAGUUUGGUGUGCGUGCAAAUGAAGGGCAACUGCUUGUUAUAGAAAGCUCUUUAGCUGGCUAUCCCCCUUUAAGGAAUAUGAAAGGAACCUCCUCAGAAACUCAGCAAAAAGCUCUGUAUCGAUCCAAACAAAAUGUGGACUACUCUUACUUACUUAACUUUUGUGCUGGUCUCUCUUGGUAUUAUUUGAUGCUGGAAGAUGAUAUUGUCUGUGCCAACAAUUUUGUUUUGAUUAUACAACAUUUUAUACAAAAUGAGGAGAAACCUUGGACUACUAUAGCAUUUUCAAGACUGGGCUGUAUAGGAAAACUCUAUCAUAGUUCAGAUCUUAUUAAACUGGCUCGGUUUCUCUUGAUGUUCUAUGAUCAGAUGCCUGCAGACUGGCUUCUUGACCUUUUCCAUAAAUCCCAGACUCAAAAAGACCUUAUUAUCUUCAGGCCUUCUCUCUUCCAGCAUAUAGGUCGAGUUUCUUCAUUUCAUAGUAUGGAAAAUCAGUUGCAAGAUCCAGAGUUUCAAGAAGAGACUGGAGAUUUUGGAGAUUUCCCUACAGCUUCAUGUUUCACAAACAUACCUGUAUUUGCAGAUUACAUCCCAGCAAAAGUGUGCCCCCCAGCAAAGGGGCUUUUUUGGGGUAAGAACAUCACAUCACAGAGCUUCUUCACCAUUGUUUUUGCAAACCCAAUUGUUCCCCAAAAGAUCCAGAUAUAUACAGGGUCAGCUGAAUAUAACCAGGACAUUCUCCAUUAUGGUUAUGUAGAAACCGGUAGACUCAAAAUCCAUACCCAUGAUAGUGAAACAUGUUUGAUUUUCAACCGAAUAGGAGAUUUUAACAAUGGGCUUUUUGAAAUGAAAGGUAUCAGUAGCAUGGAUGAUAUAGAUUGCCUUCGAAUACAAGCCACAGCUCCACAAAAGCAAUGGCUACAAAUAAGAAGAAUUAGUAUUUGGGUGAAGAAUAUUUAACGUUCACAUUCGGUUAUAA